AAUAGCUCCAAGAAUUGUUAGGCAUCAAAUACUUCUGUAAAUAUGCCGUUCGUAAUUGAUGCAGAAAACAAAAUUUGUUGUAAUGGCUAUUCAACGCAAUUCACGCAAUCAAAGCGAUGUAGGUAACAAUGCUGCAGAGGAAGGUAGAGGACAUGUGGAAGAGAUUCCAAACUCUAAGGACUCUAAGGAAUCUGAAGAAACCUACAAACAGAAAUCCAGAAGAUUUUUGCAAAUGGGUAACUUUCCGAUAGCCGCGAACCUAAAUCUCACAGAAAGCAGAGGCGGCACGACGUUCGAGAAAAUUGUCAUUUUCUUCACUUGGCUCGUCGUUGUCCUCACCUUUCCCAUAAGCAUAUUCUUUUGUUUUACUACAAUCCCCGAGUAUCAGCGAGCUGUUAUCUUUCGGUUGGGACGGGUAAGGAAAGGCGCAGCAGGGCCUGGUUUGGUUUGGUAUUUGCCUUGCAUCGAUUCCUACGGAAUUGUGGACUUGCGUUCCCGAGUCGAAGUGAUUCCCACUCAGGAUAUAAUCACCAAAGACGCGGUCACACUGACUGUCGAUGCAGUACUCUUCUACCAUGUCAUUGGCUCAUUGAAGUCGACUGUGAAAGUUGAGGAUGUGCACGAAGCUACGAUCCUCCUGGCGCAGACAACGGUGCGUAGCGUCUUGGGUACCAAAAAUCUUCACGAAAUUCUGACCUCCAGGGAAUUAUUGUCCCAAGAGAUUCGCGUUAGCUGCGAACGAUCUACUGCAAGCUGGGGUGUGAAAAUCGAACGAGUUGCACUUAAGGACAUCAAUCUGCCGGAAAUGUUUCAUCGAGCGAUGGCAAGUGAGGCGGAGGCUUUGAGGGAAGCGCGUGCCAAGAUCAUAUCUGCCGAAGGAGAGCACAGCGCAUCGAAGGCGCUGAAGGAGGCAUCCGAUGUGAUGGCCAAGAAUAAAAUUGCCCUGCAGUUGCGGCACUUGCAGAUCCUAACAUCAAUUUCCCAUGAGCGCAAGCUUAAAAUUUACUACCCAUUUCCAUUAGAUAUGCUGACCGGGUUUACAGACUCCGCGGCUGCUACUCCUGCUGCCCCUAAAAAUGACAAGCCCAAGGAGGAACGCCAGCCACUAAAGGAAUCCGUGAUAUCGAUUGUUACGAACAUAUUGGAACCAUUCAUAAGAAACCCCAUAGAGAUAUUGGAGGGUGAAUCGUUUCUAAGGACAGCUGAUGCGAAUCAGUCCAUAAAUGAGGACUUUCAAAGUCCUCCCAAUUCUCAAAGACAAAUACCAAAUCCUGAUGAGCCGCCACAGUCAGCCAGUCCCCAACCAGAUGAAAACGACCAUACUAGAGGAACUCAAACCGACCCGAAAACUCACAAGUAGUAUGGAUAGAGCAUCGUGAGCUACAUAUUAUAUUAAAUUAAUUUUAACUUUGUGCACGCCAAGCC